AUGGUCAUAAAAAACAAGUUGAAAUGGGUUUCGGCGCGAGAAAAAAUUUCGAAUGCAUAUCAUGAUUAUGGACGACUAUGCGCUGCCCAUCCGCUCGCAUGCCUUUGUAUGUCGAUUGCCACAAUGGUCGUGCUCUCAUACCCUGCCGUUACUCGUCUUCGGCUGCCGGUCAGCACUCCGAUUGACAUAUUCUGGAGUGAUCAUCUUCACGUUAGUGAAAAGCUUGCCCCGUUUUGGAUAAACGAGAAUCCGGCAUCUUAUAUUCAGCAAUUCAUUGUUUCUGCGACCAUCGAACCUUGGAAUGCGUCGAUAUUAACUCCAGAACAUACUGUUCGUGCUGCAGUGGCCACUGCAUUCCGUCUUAGAGAAAUUGUGAUAUCAGAGCCAUCUGUUGAAGAAUUAUGCCUUCGCCUGGCCAGUCCUUCGGAUAAAACAUGGCCAUUUCGAUCGAAAUCGCUGUGUGUUGUUCUAUCGCCAGCUUCUAUUUGGUAUAACGACUUAGAAAAGUUUAAGAAGGAUCCGAAUUCGAUUGAAACAAUAUUCAAUGAGGAAUGUAAAUCAACAUUUUGCAUGCGAGAUCUUCUUCUAGGAGCACCAAUUUCUUUAACUGGAAUUAAACAAAGAUAUCAAACAAAUAGGAAACGAUCAAUUGAAUUUGCAAUGACCGUUUUCUUCGCGAAAUACAGUAAAAAUGUGAUAAAUCGACUGAAAGAGCGAAUAAGCAAAACAUUUGAAGUUAUGCCACUUCCUCUUAAUGAUGAAUCCACAUUUGUCCAAGUAUAUUUCCAUCCACUCAAAAGUUUCAAGGAUCUACUUCCAUUGAUAUCAACUUACAUUCUUUGCAUGAUUUAUUUGUACUAUUGUUCAAGAAAAUUCGAAAUGGUUGCUUCUCGGUGGGGACUUGCUUUUGCUGCAUCAUUCACUGUUGCUGCAACCCUUCUUAUGACGACUGGAAUUUGCGCUCAUCUCGAUUUGAGCACAACUCUCUGGGGCGCUGAAAUAUAUCCAUAUAUUGCGCUGAUUCUUGGUCUUGAAAAUACGUUAUGCAUCACGAGAUCCGUAGUGUACACACCUCCAUCUUUAGAUGUUUCUUCAAGAAUUGCUCAUGGUCUUUCCCAGGAAGGCUAUAAAUUGACAAAGUAUUUUGUCCUCGAACUCUUCUUUUUGCUAUGUGGAUAUCUCACAAGAGUUUCGGAUAUUCAAGAAUUUUGUCAAUUCAGCGCAAUUUGCAUCGUCGUUGAUUUCUAUAUGCAGCUUUUCUUUUAUGCGCCAUGUCUGACAUUCGAUCUCGAAAGACUUGGUCUCGAAGAAAAACGGCGAUUUGCUGAAAUCCUGUUUUAUGCUGAAAUUCCGAGGUUAAAAAAUUAUCCACCUGUGAGCUGUCCGAUGAGAAAAGUGUGCCCCAAAUUAUUUGCAAUGUCGAAAGUUCAGAAGCGAAGACUUUCGGAUUCAGGAAUUGAUGAAGUUUUUUCAGCAAAUAAGAAAGAGAAGAGCAAAACUUAUCCGAAACUUGAUACCGUUUGGAAAGAUGACUCGGAACUUCCAAAAGCUGAUCUUGAAGGAAGUCUUCGAAUGAGAAUACUGUACUUCAUCACAAGAACACGCAUUGUUCAGCGCACGAUUAUGGUCGUUUUUGCUGUUUGGGUUAUCUGGUUGGCUGUAAUUGUUGGAUCAGGACGUACUGCCGAAAUUCUAUCGAAAUUGAAUCAAACCGAUGAAUCUUUAUCACAGCGUCAUCGAAUUUUGUCGAUUGCGAAUUUGAAAUAUGGAUACUGGCAAAAAUCAACGUAUAAAUGGUGGCCUGCAGUUGCCCACGAUUACAACAUUUCGCUCAACUCAAGAUACGUUACAUUCGUGCCCCCGAUCGUGCUGAACGCAAAAAUCCAGCCUAAUGAUGAUUUGUUAAAAGUGGUUGAGCAAAUUAAAUCUCCAUCAAAAGAGGCCUUAACAGAAACGCCAAUAUUACAAAAUCGGAUCGAAUGGUUGGAGACGAAACUGAAAGUCUACUUAGCCGCGUUUUGGCUUUUACUUUUAUGCACUGUUGCUUCGUUUUUCGUUUAUGUUUUUCUGAGUGAUCGAUGGAAAUUUGGCGUGAAAAAAGUUGAAGAAUCGGCGACAUCGAGUAAACAUUCAGACGAGAGUUCGACUAUAACCUCGUCAUCUACAAAAGGAUUUGUUGAGAAGUUGCCGCUUGUUUUUAACGGACAUGAUUUUCCGAUUGAAACGGUUGGAUUGGAUCCCGAUACUCCUCGAUUUUUGUCAGCCUGCCAAGAAGGAUUCGUUUACUUAUGGAACUCGUUUACAGGUGAACGAAUAACUCGUUUGAAUCGUUUGCGAGCAGUCCCAUUAAACGAAGGAGAGACCCUAAUAAAAGUUUGGGCAGUUGCGAUCAAAAACGACGUUGCGUUUCUUGGCUGCUCCGACGGAGUCGUUGAAAUUGCAAGUUUGAUUCGCAACAAAUUGAUUGGAGUUUAUCAUUCGAACAAUAACUCUGGUGUUUCGCAUAUUGCGUGCUAUGACGAGUUUGUCACGAUUGUUCGACUUGAUGGGACAAUUGAUUUUGUGCAAGUCUCAGUUGUGAUUGAGAAACAACGAGUGCAUGAAAUUAAAGUGAUGAACACCGUAUGCGGACAUCAAAAACCAAUCUGCCGCCUUGUUGCUUGGAGAGAUCAAUUUAUCACUAGUUCGUUCGAUCGCAGUAUUAAAAUGUGGAACGCCAAAACUGGUACGAUGGCAAACAUUUUUCUCGCUCACAAUUCGCCAGUUUUGAACGUUGUAGUUCACGCGGAGAAAUCACUCAUGUUUUCUUCGUGCGAAGAUGGUCUUAUUUGCUGGUGGGACCUUGUCACUUCUGAGCUUAUUCGUUCCAUCGAUAAUAAUUGUGUUUGGGCGUUUCAAUUGAGUGUUUCAUCGGACUAUUUACUCGGCUUUUACGACAGCUCACAAUUAUUUUUGUGGUCCCUAGAAACCGGGCAACUUGUUUGUAGAGUAACGGAUGCGUCGACGAAUGAAAUGAGUGAAGACACAUUAUUUACUGGAGACAGCAGCGGAAUAGUGUCAUUUGAUGACGGAAUUGCGGCAACUGCAUCUGGAGAUUCGGUCACAUUUUGGGAUCAAGAACAUAAGGCCAUAAUUGGAAAAGUGAAAUUAAACGGAAAAAUCAAUUCAACGCGCAAAUUGAGUUCGAACAAAGUUCUUUGUUGUGUUGGAAACACUAUGUAUGCUGCAAUUGUGCCCGUUGUUCGAAUCAAAUAA